AUGCGUCAGAUUGUAAAGUGGGAAGAGAAGAAGAGAGCACCGGCCAAUCCAGACGCAGGAAGCUCGGCAAACCGGCCAAUCCAGACGCAGGAAGCUCGGCAAACCGGCCAAUCCAGACGCAGGCAGCUCGGCAAACCGGCCAAUCCAAACGCAGGAAGCUCGGCAAACCGGCCAAUCCAGACGCAGGCAGCUCGGCAAUCCGGCCAAUCCAGACGCAGGCAGCUCGGCAAUCCGGCCAAUCCAGACGCAGGAAGCUCGGCAAACCGGCCAAUCCAGGCGCAGGAAGCUCGGCAAACCGGCCAAUCCAGACGCAGGAAGCUCGGCAAACCGGCCAAUCCAGACGCAGGAAGCUCGGAAAACCGGCCAAUCACCAUCCAAUACUCUUCUGUGAGAGGAUUCUUGGCCGGACUUGACCCGGGCCGGUCCAGUCUGAGGAGAGUUGGCCGAGGCUGGAGGAGGUUCUCAGACGCAGGUAGGACCUUGGUGUGUUCAGUCCUAGCCCCGGUCCUGGCCCCGCCCCCCGGCUGCUUUGGUCCUUCUCACUGUCUGUGUGGAAAUGUUUUUGAUUACAUCUGCUGCAGUCGGAGCAGAGACGUCUCCAGACUUUCUCAGUGUUUGUGGAGCUCAGAGAUGAAAGGCGUGUGUGCCAAACUCGAGACAGAGUAA